AUGGAUGAAAACCAGAUUCUCUUGCUUGGAUGGAUGAGCCCGGCCAUGAUUGCAGAGGUAGCAACUGCUCUGAAGAGUAUUGGAUCGACGAUCGAACGCAAAGGUACCGUCUUGACAGUCACUUUUCCCACCUGUCCCGCUGAAGCUGUUGACGCCGGUUCUACCCCCAGGGCCGAAACAAACACACUCCAGACCCUCACGGACGAUGAGAAGGAAGACAGCGAGAAGGAGGAGAGCGAGAAGGAAGACAGCGAGAAGGAAGACGACAGCGGCUCUGAAACCGAGUUUAAUGAGUCUGACCUUGACGAGUUCGAUGAUGAGAGCUUCUACAAGCCGGCGGUCAAGGAACGUCCCACCCGCAGCACCCGCAGCACCCCUUGCUACGACGAUGAUGACUUCCUCGAUUCGCAGGACUUCCGCUUUUCCUAGAAGAGCGGCGGAGACGCCGCCAUUGCCCCUCUUUUUCCUAAGAAAUUGAGUUGUGGUGUGGCCAGCACGAGGUCAAAGUCGGAAAAGUGGCGUGACGAACAUUAAAAAUAUUCAGUCUGAAUAAGAAUAUAAUGAGC